AACUUGUGCUAGUGCCAGGCCAGUGUGCUGCAGGGUUGGACAGAGGACAGGGUUUCACCAGUAGCCUGGCAGUUCUGUCUAAGCUGGUUGUAAAACCACAGAGUUUAUCUGAGUAAGCACUGUGCAAAUAUCUUGCACAGCUGAGCUGUUGGUUUUGCUGGCUUUUGCAUGUUUUUUGUUGCUGUGUUUUUUGUUUGUUUGUUUUGUUUUGUUUCUGUUUCAGUGCUUUGCAGUCCUCAAGUUUGUUACCUCAGACUACUUGGGACAGUCACGAAUGUUCACUUGCCACCCCUACUAAGAGACUUCAUAUGAAACAGAAUCAUAAGAGCUGGGUCACGCUGCAAGAGUUAAAUAAAGCACUUCAUCAAUUUUGAGCUCUGUAAGCUGGAUUCAUAAUGCUCAGUCUCUAUUUUCCUCUCACUUCAUCUUGUUAGGAGAUGUGAAUAGGCACCUUAUUCUAGUGAGUUGGUUCAUCAUCUGUGUUAAUAUAAACAGGACAGAGUAUCCCUAAUUCUGACUUUUGUAUUCUUGCAGGUGACCACAAUAUAAACGGUAAGCUCUAUGUGCUGGGCCUGUUACCAUAGAAAAGCAAAACACUGCUUAUUCUUGCACUGCAGUAUUUCAUAUACACUCACACAGCCACUGCUCUGGUUAACCUGUUUUCUAUGAUUUGCUAGUUGUAUGAGAUACCUUCUAUCCCUUCUACUUUAUACAACAUGUAUUAGAAACGUGCAUCUUUCAGAAGACUCUUAAGAAUGCUUUUUUCCUUGUUUCAUUCUCUGAUUAGGAGAAACGAAAAUACAUUCCAGGUAAACCUACACCCUUUUUUGACAUUGUAUUUCUAGUCCAUCUUGUACAGCUAAUUUGUAGGUUUUCAGUACUAAUGAGCCGCAGUGUUUCAGCUCCCAUUGUUUAAAGUAGACUUAAGAUGUGCUCAGAUUUUCUGAAAAAUACAGGCCUCUGUGUCUCUGGCAUUCUUCUGCUCUCAUUUUUAUAAUAGCUGUUGUCAAUUUGCUGUUUUGUGAUCUGCAGUGGAGAGGGGUCUGUAGUUCCAAAUUGAAGUUACCUGAAACUGAAGUUCCAAACUGAAGUUACCUGAAACUUUAUUUUGUUUUUGAAAGGGGAGCAUCUCAUUUUCUGAUAUUAGGUGGUGUACUUACCUUUGUUUCUUUUGCUUGUUUGUUUGUAAACUGUUCUAAUAAGCUCAUGCACUAUAAGCACACACUGGGUUUCUCCUUGAAAGAUAAGCAUUGCAAACAUUUCAUGGGCUACAGAGAAGGGAUAACUUUAAAGAAAUAUGUAAUGGUAGCAAAGAGACAAUGUUUUAACUGUGUUUAAACACAAGGAGCUGUUAGCAACUUGCCUGAAACGAGCAAAGUAUUUGUUCUUCUGCAAAAAAUAAUCCUUUUAGAAUUGAUUACUGAUAAAUGCAUUGGAGAUUAACCUGUUUUCUUAAUGGUAAUUUAUAAUGUUAUUAUAAUCUGCUCUGUGUAAUGCUCUCUUACCUAGAGGAAAUUAAAACAACUCUAAUAUGAAGAAACCCUGUUGCUGUGGGUGACAUCUAGUUGCCCUCAUCGAUAUUACACAGCCAUUAAUGGAAGUGUUCACCAUUUCACUCUGCAGGAGUCCCUCCCAAGGACUUCAUGUGUGUGGGCUAGACAGAAUUAAUUUCUGGGAAUAUUCCAUAGAUAAGGACAGAGAAAUAGUGCUAAGGCUUGCAGUGCGCUUGCUCAAGGCUCAUCAAGGUAACAUUUAGUGUUAUGAUACCAAUGAUGUGAAGGUGGUGGAAUAUGCCAGUUUAUCUACCCCUCUUUUUUGACUAAAGCAGGAACAGUGAAAGGAACACUGAGCAUCUUUUGGAAAUCCUCCAUGGAGCACUUAUUUUAGCACCACAGCUUAGUGGUGAAUUUCACGCUACAGCCAGGAAUAAUAAACAGCAGGGUGCUGAUAUCUGAAUGAAAAUAUCACUUACCUCUUUCUGUUAAAGACUCCCUUCUUGGUUGAUGUACCUUCUGGAGGAAGGGACAUCCAUAUGCAGCUUAGCCAGGAGCAGGCAGUCAUUCUGCAAAGCCAAGUCAUUUGUCUUUGCUCUAUCCCUGGAGCAGGGGCUCUAAGCAUUCCAUUUUCCAGCCAAAGUAAUUACACAAAGUAAUAUUUUCCUAUUUUUAAUGGACUCUUUUGACUUCCUCAAGGUCAGCACACAAAGUCAACACAUCUACGCAUCAGUGUGAUGUGAUCUAGCCUCAGGUUCAUGUCAAAGAGCUUGGUGGGUAACCUCUCCUUCCCUUCUAUCCUCCUUAGUGAGGAUAAUAACUACCAGUUUCAGAUAAGGGUGAUGUUAACCUCUACAAUAUAGCUCUCUCCAAAGUCUCUGGAAACAAUGUGGAUGAUUACUAUUAGUAAGGAAGACGGUGUGUACAUGUUAAUUAUUUGUGGUUGAGGACAAUGGUUGAUAAUGAGUUAACACUGAAGAGUGUGCAGAUAGCUGAACAUGCAGAAUUGCAGUAACACCUUUGCCACACAGCCUGCAGUGUAGUUAACUUUAUAUCUGAUCUGCUACUGUUGGGUCUGUGCUUGGGCAGGGAGAGAGGAGGACCCAAAGGCUCUUGGGUAUUUUCUCUAUUGUGAUUUAAUUGGGUAUUCUGAUACUUUGAUAAAUGUAGGCUGGAUGAAACGAGACAGCUUAGCCAAACUGACUAGGAAACAAGUAUUAUCUCUACCUGGAAUAAAUUCUUACUAGAGUUAUUAUUUAUUUUUCCUUUUCCCUCUAAACCAUAGUGUGAAUUAAUGGAACCUGUUAAAGGUCUUAUAUACUCUGGCAUAGUCAAAUAUAUGUUUUCCUUCUCCAGAAACUCCACCCUGGGAAUACACUAACACCUGCUGGAAACACUAUCUGGCUAACCCUGGAUCAGGCUGCAAAUGAUCUUCCGUGAGUCCAGGAAAGGACUAAACCAUGAACAAUUCACAGGAAGAUAGCUGUUCAACUCCUAGUAGAAAAAAUCAGCAGGAAUUAUUUGGUAAUCUCCUCCUGGAAAUAAUUUGCAUCUGAUAGUUACUUCUUGGGCCAAAUAAAGUUAGUUGAGAAUCCCAAGGGACUUCUGAGGAGGCAGAUGUCUUCAUCACAAAAUGAUUAUCCUGUUAUGCUGUGGUGUUAAUAGUCUCAGCUGACAGAAUGGUGGGUGGUGUUUUUUUUUGUUUGUUUGUUUGUUUGUUUUUUUUUUUUCUUCCCUCCGUUCGACUCAGGAAGAAGCCUACUGCUGAGAGACCUGAAUUACUUCUACUUCUGUCAGAUAGGGGUGGGGAUUUCCAUCUCCCUGACUUUCAAUCUCAUCUCUCUCAUUUUGUAGAUAUAGAAAAAUUAACACAUGCUGUCAAUUUUGGUAAUUACUGAACUUGCUGAUGGUUUUAAAGGAUAAAUUGAUUGUGUCAGUUGAGAAAGUGUGUCCAGUAUUGCCCAGUUUGAAGUCCACAAGAAAUCUUACCACUUUUAAUAGGAGAAGCUGGCAGUCUUAAGUUAUCUCUUAAGCAACAUUUUGUUAAUGUUUUGCAAUUCAAUCUGCCAUUGAACAGGCAGGGCAGUCUAAAUAAAAUCAAGAUAACAUUAGGGGUGGUAGAUAUUAGAUGUGCACAUGCCUUGUAUAUUUAGGAUAAAUUAAAUAGAUAGCUCCAGAGCUUGGGGAAGAAAAAAAAAAAAAAAAAAAAAAAAAAGAUUGUCAGUAUUUCCAAAUGUUAAUGGGGAGUAUUGAAACAAGGCUUCAUCUGUAGGCUGGACUUGUUUCAUGACAUUAUGCUUUCUGUAUCUACAGACAAAAUGCUUUCUACUGCUGCAGAUCACAGAAUCAGAAAUGAUCUUAAUGGUUGGGAAGACAAUGCAAUGUAGCCAGUUAAUGAAAGAGCUUGAUCUGUACAGAAAAUUAUUUUGAGCAGAUACACACAUACAUAGAAAGAAAGAUUAAUUUAGAGACCUUUGUCAUUAAAGCAGAUUUUUGUAUGGUUUUCUGUGGGAUUUAAGGGGGAUUAAAUGUUUGACAUCACUUUGCCUGCACAGGCUAUGUUGAAGAGGUUACUGAGCGAGUGAUGGAGAACUCAAAUAUGCGCCUAUGCUGAAAGAGUGGAAGCAAUGGAUCAGACUGCAGCCUGGCAAAAAAAUUUGCUCUAUCUACUACAUUUCUAAAAGCAAGGUGCUUCUGGUUUGACAGCAAAUGCCACAGGAAUGUAGAGCUUAAGGAAUUUUAAUGAUUUGCCAAAAUAUGGGGGGAACUCAGAGAGGUUAUCAGAGCUGGGAUGCCUAUGUCUUCUGUCUUCAGUGAUGCCUUGCUUCACAUGCAUCCUUUGUGUGAUAUGCUGUUUCUAAACAGUAAAAGCACUAAAAAGUCAGCAAGGUGGAUUGGCUGAUCAGGUGCAUUUCUCUUUUGGAAGAGAUGGUCCUGGUCAUGAAACUUCUGCUCCUCACCUGUCUGUGGCCAACGGCAGUGCUACACAGUUCUCAAAGUCAGCAUCACCAUCGUCAUCAUCGGCAACAAUUCUCAUUCUUAAGAAAGCAUAACAGCAAACGAGAAAUUAAAAUGAGGAAACUUGACAGCACCAAAGUACGGCCACUUAAAUCUGAGCAGCUUCUUCGCAUAGAGGACCAUGACUUUGCACUGAGACCUGGAUUCGGAGGGUCACCAAUACCUGUGGGCAUUGAUGUGCAGGUAGAAAGCAUUGACAGCAUAUCUGAAGUUGACAUGGACUUCACAAUGACUUUGUAUCUCAGACAUUACUGGAAGGAUGAGAGACUUUCAUUUCGUAGUACCAAAAACAAAAGCAUGACUUUUGAUGGAAGACUGAUAAAAAAGAUCUGGGUACCCGAUGUGUUUUUUGUACACUCCAAAAGAUCUUUCAUCCAUGAUACAACUGUGGAAAAUGUCAUGCUCCGAGUAUACCCUGAUGGCAAUGUACUCUUCAGUCUACGAAUAACAGUUUCUGCUAUGUGUUUCAUGGAUUUCAGUAGGUUUCCUCUGGACACUCAGAACUGUUCGUUAGAACUGGAAAGCUAUGCAUAUAAUGAAGAUGAUCUAAUGUUAUACUGGAAACAUGGAAAUCAGUCCCUGAGCACAGAUGAACACAUCUCCCUCUCCCAGUUUUUCAUUGAAGAGUUCAGUGCUUCCAGUGGACUCGCAUUUUACAGCAGUACUGGCUGGUACAAUCGACUUUUCAUAAAUUUUGCACUCCGGAGACAUAUUUUCUUUUUUGUGCUUCAAUCCUAUUUCCCAGCCAUGCUGAUGGUGAUGUUGUCUUGGGUUUCAUUCUGGAUUGACAGAAGAGCUGUUCCUGCCAGGGUAUCACUAGGCAUAACUACAGUGCUGACAAUGUCAACCAUCAUCACAGGAGUAAGUGCCUCAAUGCCUCAAGUGUCUUACAUAAAGGCUGUGGAUGUGUAUUUAUGGAUCAGCUUCCUUUUUGUCUUCCUGUCUGUCAUCGAAUAUGCUGCAGUGAACUAUCUCACCACAAUUGAAGAGAGAAAACAACUCAAAAAAAGGGGCAAGGCAUCAGGAAUGUACAGUAUUGAUGCAGUGCAAGCAAUGGCUUUUGAUGGCUGCUACCACGACCCAGAUGUGGACAUGGACCUGACUGCUUUCUCCGACCGCUGUGAAGAGAAUGCGACUCGGGCACGAGCAACCAGCGUCUCCAAUGUGGGCCCAGCUCGCAUCAAGAGAAAGAGAUCUCUGAAAGGAAACGUGGGCAGGAUUAUUCUGCAGAACAAUCAUGUCAUUGACACAUAUUCCAGGAUUAUAUUUCCCAGUGUGUAUAUCGUGUUCAACUUUUUUUACUGGGGUUUGUACAUAUGAACAGAAAUCAUUAUAAGCUAGACAUUAUUUUGUGUAUGAGAGUAGCAUUGUGCUCUAAAAAAUAAUGCAAAAGCAGUACAGGAAAUGGUUGAGAGUUUCUGAAACUGGCUUCUGUGUCAAACUGAGUCAGGUUUGUUUAGCUGCAAACCUGCUAAUGAAAAACUCUCACGAGCCUGGUUUUUCAGUUGGACUGUGUGGUGCUUCACUAGGGCAAUCGAACGUGCAUGCUACUGCUGCAGCAGCACAGAAGCAGUUUGCUCACUAAGGGAACCCUUUAUCACACACCUAAACAGAUAGCAGCUCCUGGUCAAUGUAUGUAUUAUUCAGUGUCUAUCUGCACUAUAAUGAUUCCUCUUUAAUCAGCCUUUCUGUUUGUUUUCCACUUGUUGUCCAGGUUAGUUUUCAGUCAGCACCAAUCACCUUCAAAUAGCUCCUAUCCCUGUUUCACCUGCUGCAUUUCUGUUUUGCUAGGCAACCUGUAUACACCUCAGGAGCCUUUGUCCUCAGUAGGGAAAGCAGGAAGUAAAUUUAAUGGGGCUUUGUACAUGGUGCAUCAUCAAAGCCUCAAGAAAAACCUUCACCCUGUCACUCGUCUUUCCAUGGGAUCACUGGGAGGGACCUCUUGAUUGCUAGUCCCCGAGGUAGCAAAGAAAUAACAUCCCAGAUGCAAUGCACUCAGUGUCUUACAGCCACCUCGCUGGUGGAUGAAUAGUGUCACCUGCACAAGGUGUGCCCUUCAUGUGACACCUGCACACCUGUGCCUCACGCUAGGCCUGCUGUAAUCAUCACCUGCUUUCUGUAUAACUGCUCUUUCCAGAAACCUAGCCUUUGAGGAAGAGAUUUUAGAAUACUUUGUCAAGAAAGCAAACAAACCAUGUCUUCAGCAGAAUCUGGUUCUUCCAUUUUAUGCUGUAUACAUGAACUUGGAGUUUUGUCCCACCCUUGGUUUCAGAGGUUGGAAGUUACAGUGAGGGGAUGCUGUAUGUGCUUGCUUGCAGCCCUUGUCUCUAUCACAGCUCAAGUUACCACACCAACACCUGAGACACCUGGGAAAUAAGAAGCAGCUGUGCCAAACAGAGCCUUAUACAGGAAACCUGCUGGUCCCAGAUGAGACCUGCAUGGAACCCUUAGGUUGAAGGGUGAAUUCAACCUCCUUAGGUUGAAUUAAAAAUGUUCAGGGACAGACA